AUGAAAAUAGCACUAAUUGUAAAAGUCAUAUUUUUGAUGGCUACCAUGAAGCCUGAAGCUCUGUCAUUACCUUCGACUCCGCCUGUCGUCAUCUGGGGCGCUAAACUAACGGAGCCACGCAACAUCUUCCACACAAUCAAGCCGAAGAAAUUUGCUGCUCGCCUGCGGCCGUUGCUCAAGGAUCACAUGUUGAUUGUUUACUUUGCGCCGCUGCUGACCUCGAAGGAUCUGAGCUGCCUGCAGCCUGACUGCUUUGCCUAUUUGCGUAAAAUGGAGCCACGUACGUACUACAGCAAGAUUCGAAAGCCGGUGACAGCGCUGGGAACGCUCUUGGCCGAGCACAAUCAGGAGCUGGUCUGGAGCGAAAGAGACAAAAUGUUGCAGCUGCCCUGCAAGAAGGGUCACAUAUAUGCCUACAAUUUUCAGACUCAAAAUCUAACCGAACAUGAUAAGUUUAUGGAGGCUGUGGCCUCCAAUCUAACGGCCUGUCAGGUUGUCCAGCUCUACACAGCGCAUGGGGAGCCGACAGAGGAGAUCGAGCGACGCAUACGUAGAACAGAUGAAGCAAAGGGACGUCCACUAGCCGAGCCCCAAAUGCAAACCAAGUCGCAAAUGCCAUCGAACAUCAGCCGUAGUGAACCAAAAGGGGAUGAUCAGAAGCAGAUUACAGAGAUAAGGGUCUUUCGACAUCCGAGGGCCAUCAUUACUUUGAGCACGAUUGUCUAUGCCCAGGAAUACUCCACUGGCGUUAACGUUUACUACACACGGGAGUACAUUCAUAUGACCGAGGCGGUGAAGUUUGACGUUGAACUGCGCGAUCCAUUGAAUAUAAUGAAAGGCGUAGCCUUUCUCAUAAGCACGGCAGCAGGAGAUCUUCGGAUAAUAUUGUUACCUGUUGUCGGUAAUUGGCGUAUAUACAAAUUAGUUUUCCGUAAUGUAACGCAUACGCCCAGAGACCUACUUUUCUAUGGCAAAAAAUUUAGUUUUUGUUGCCAAUCCCUAAACGCGUAUUCCAAGGUAGGCAGUCGCGUCAGCAUGCAGUCACUCAGCAUGGAUGUUGUUGCAGUUGAUAGCGUUACGGCGAUGGAUCCCGACUAUAUGCCCAAGCCCUGUUGGCUCUGCGAGGUAUAUCUAACACCUGCUCUCACGCAGACGCUCUUUACUGUGGCCAUAUUGCUAAUGAUGUUGGUCUUCGGCAUAACCCUUUUCUUCAAUAUGGGACAAAAUAACCAACUGCCAAACGGCAAUGAGCCGGAUCCAUUUGUAAAGUCUCAUUAAAGGGAUCAAAAUACUCU